CUUAUAAAUUCAAACAGAUCGCCACCAUUUCUUAUUAUCCUCCUUGUUUCGAUGCGCACGAGCCGUCAUGUUGCCGUGGUGCUGCUCCAAACCCGGAGGGAACAGCAGAGGAGCUAAGAGGAGCUCCAUAGCCAAGCUCCUCCUCGGCGUGUUUGUGGUGUAUUCGCUCCACACCUGCUGGCUCCUGCACGGCUUCCUCAGCACCAAACCCUGCGACGGAGGUAGAGGAGAACUCUGCAUCGCCUCCUACCUCUCAGCCAGACCCAGACUGCAGCUGAGCGUGUUCACCUGCCUCGUGCCAGAUGACAGCGAGCUCCGUCUGGCUUUGAAAAUCGAACCUUUCAAUCCGCAUUCUACAUUUUCCAGGCAGGUGAAUGUCUCUCUGCCAGAGGCCACUCAAGCUAACGGCAGCCUGUACGCGGUUGUGUAUGUUCACAAAUCCGGCGUGUCGCCUUUGGAAGACGGUAAAGAAUCCCACUCUGCAGCUCAGCUCACUGCUUACAUCAUCCCAAAGAGGUCUGGCGUCAGAUCAGACGCUCCCAUGUCCCACUGGAAAGCACACCUGUCAAUCACUGUGAUGGCCGAGGACUUCGCCUUCAACAAGGCGAGGCUUCCCAGCGACGUGCGGCGCCACAUGAAGCUUUCUCAGGAGGGCAACCAGAUUAUCUACCUUCCUCUACUUUUGGUUGAUGAGCUGAGCUUCAGGGUCAGAGAUCUCAUGGAGAUCAGCAGCAGCACCGAUCAGCUCCCUCUGAACAUCUCCUAUCAGGGAAUCUCCUUAAGGAGGUUCAGGUUCUGGAUCCAUCUGCAGGAUGUGGUGUUUUCCCUACGACAGUUUGGCUUCACAGAGGAGCACAUUGACCAAAUUAAAGAGACUCUGCUGGACUCUAACCUCUACAUACUUAUGCUGAAUGCUCUCAUCACUGUGCUGCAGCUUGUCUGUGAAUUCCUGGCUCUUAAAAAUGACAUCAGCUCAUGGAGAAAAAAGAAGAGCAUGGCAGGAAUGUCCAGGAAGUCAGUACUGUGGCGCAGCCUGUGCACUUUGUUUAUCUUUUUGCAUCUGCUGGAGGAGACCAGCCUCCUGGUGCUGCUCCCCGUCGGGCUGGCGGGGUGCGUCGAGGUGUGGAAGGUGUUUAAAGUAUUUAAAAUUCAGAUGCAGCCCAAAAACAGCAAGACCGUCCUGCAUGGAAACAAACUGGACGAUGAUGAAAGAAAGACGGUGGAGUACGACACACAGGCUUCCAGAUAUGUAUCCUACUUGGUCUAUCCUCUGUGCAUCAGUGGAGUUAUUUUCUCUCUAGCCUACUUACGCCAAAAGAGUUAUUAUUCCUGGAUGAUCAACAGCCUGGUGACUGGAGUUUAUGCCUUUGGCUUCCUGUCUAUGGCACCACAGCUCUUCAUCAACCACAAGUUGAAGUCCGUGGCCCACCUGCAGGGGGCAGCACUGAUGUACAGAGGAGUCAACACCCUGAUUUCAGAUCUGUGCUCCUGUGCCUCCUUUUUCUCCUCCUCCGGAUCAAUCUCCUCAUCUCAUCAACUCUCCUGCUUCAGAGAUGAGCUGCUUUUCCUCAUUUAUGUCUGCCAGAGCAGGUGUUACCUCCUCAAAGCCAGACGACGAGAUUCUGAGACCCACAAUAAGAAGAUGAAGACUCAGUGAGGACAGACAGACAGACGCAGGACUGGACGAGUUCCUCUUUUGUUUCACAGAUUUUUUUUUCCCUCCUUUGUAGUCUGGCGGAAUUGAUCAGUCUUUAAGAAGUGAAAUGGAGUCACAGAACCCUCAGCAGGUAACAAAUUUUGCUUCCGCUUUGCUGUAUGGAUGGUGGACGUGGUGACGCACAGAAUCCACGUGUCCUCCCAGAUCCGGUGUGAUCUCGCAAAAGAACGUCUUUCGCCUUCUCCCGCCGCACUGGAUCCUGUUCAGAUCCAUGUUGGAUUUGGCAGAUGCUUUACACCGGGUGCCCUUCUUGGCAGGACUCCAGUUUCACCAGGAGAAGCACACACAGCCCUGGUCUCCCAUCCAAGUACUCAUUAGGACCUUCCCUGCUUAGCGUCCUAGAUCUGCUGGGAUCAGGCGUGGCACACAAAGCGGAGCGGCUGCCAACACCGGAACCUCGACUCGCUCAUUAUUUAACACGUCAGUUCUUUCGAGGCAGUAUUAAUGUUUCUUUAUCAAUAUAUAGUGUUAAAACCUGUAAAUACUGAAACAUAAAAAGUGCUUUAGAGCACAUAGUACACAUAUGACAUUUAUACUACAAUGUGGACCUCAGGAGUGGCUUUAAUCUGCGUGAUGUGAUGUGAGCACCGAAUGUUAAAAAGUUGGAACCUGAUCCUAAAUAAACUGUAGUGCUUGAACGCUGUGAUGGAUUCUCAAAACUAUCACCUAAAACCACAAUAAAGAUUCUGGUUCCUAGAUUACAGAAAAUUGUACUGUACUAGAGGGGUACAGCUCAAAAUAUAAAUCAGCAUGGGCUAUUUUGGACAAGGCCAAACUAUACAUUUGUAUAAUUUGUCAGGAUGUUAAUCUGGGCCGACACACUGCUUCAGACCUCCUUAAAAAAAAAAUAGACAAAUGACUAAUAUCUGGCUACUACUACUACUAACUACUUUCAACCAGGCUGUGAUUCAUGUAGAAACAUCAAAAAUCAUAUUAUCUGUAAUUUAGACAGAAUAAAAUCCAUAACUAUUGUUUACACACAUUUGCACUGCAAAAACACAAAAUCCUGCCAAGUAUAUCAGUAUAAUUUCUAAUCAAAAACCUCAUCUACCAUAUUUUCAGGACACCAGAGUAUUAG